AUGUCGGACUACGGCGGCGAUGGUGACGACGCUGACGAUGGCUACGAUCCCUAUGAGCCAACUUACGACGACGACGAACCCUUCUCUCCUCAAGACCCUGACGAUGUCGAAAACCCCAACGCGCAAACCCCCGCCCCAGGAGGUACGGAGGAUCCAGACGCUCUAAUACCCGUGACGAACGGCGUUGGGGGAGCGGUCGUGGAGAUCAAUGGCGGAGGUGGAGAUGUAAAUCAACAUCAACAAGGAAAAAAGAACGCGGUGCUGGGAUUGAAGGCAAAGAAAAUACCAGAGCAUGAGAGAUCGACGACGCCAUACAUGACUAAGUAUGAGAGGGCGAGGGUGUUGGGGACGAGAGCGUUACAAAUUAGCAUGAAUGCGCCUGUCCUAGUCGAUCUCGAAGGAGAGACGGAUCCGUUACAAAUUGCUAUCAAGGAGCUACGGGAGAAGAAGAUACCUUUGGUCGUCAGACGGUAUUUACCCGACGGAAAGUAUGAAGACUGGACAUGCGAAGAGCUGUUGUGA